UGCGGGCCUUCGAGCCGGGAACGGGCUUGGGAAGCUCAGGUCUGCGGACAUAUGCCACGGUGAGAGGAGGAAGCCGGCAUCCGCCACACCCCUCAGCGCAGGUCUUGCCUUCCCAGGAAUCGAUAUGGGAAUAAAUCUUUGCUGCACUCCCUCCAUAGCAAGAACAUCCUUCCUCACUAAUGAGACAAAGUGCACUCAGUUUUUAAGGUCCGUCUGGCUAACUCUGAAGCUUUCCCAAAUAUUCACUGAGAAUGUCAGGUCUGGUUGAGCUGAGGAAAGGGAGUUUUUUUAAGCUGGUUGACACACUUGCCUUCGAGAUUGGAGAACUGAAAAUGGUUCAUUCUGCUCCUGAUUUAGACGAAGAUGCUCACUAUGCUAGGUGGCUACGUUUGCGAGGGGAUAUGGAUUAUGACCGUGAGAGAGAACAAGCUACUAAACACUGGCUGAGAGAUUCUGGCUAUGAAAGCUUCAUAUGCAACCUAAGCAUUUUUGAUCGUCUUCUGCAUACCUAUCCAGUCUGGCUACAACUCAGCUUGAGCGAUGAGGAUGCCCUACGCAUUCUGCAGCCCGAGGAUGCUGGGAUCUUUCUAGUUCGAAAAUCAUGCAGGACACAGAAGAAAAUCAUAUCCAUACGAUUACCUGAGUCAGGACCUCGCUUUAUUCAAGACUUUCCAAUAAAAGAAAGCCAAUAUACGUUCUCACUUGAAGGUUCCUGCCUGAGCUUCGCAGAUUUGUUUAGGCUCAUUGCUUUCUACUGUAUUAGCAGGGACGUGCUGCCUUUCCCUUUAAAACUGCCUCAUGGAAUCAGAGCUGCCAAGACAGAGGCAGAACUGGAAGCAAUUGCAUUCUUGGGUCUGGAGUUCUGGAGUUCUCCUGUGUACAAGAGAGUAGCCAAGAGCCCUGCACCUCCUACUAGUCCUCUCGGCAGAGGCAGUACUUGCACAGAGGCGAAGCAACACGCUCUCUCAAAUGAAGUACAUUCCAUACGAACACGAACGCCUUCGGAGCUGGAAUGCAGCCAGACUAAUGGUGCUUUGUGCUUUAUAAAUCCCCUUUUUCUAGAAGUGCACAGUAAGGAUAUUAACAGCAGCCUGAAAAGGCAGUGUUCAAAAACCAGGGAGACGGGCAGGCCCUAUUCCCCUCCUCCUCGACCACCACCACCACGGCUGAGCACAAAUAUGAACCAGGCGAGCAGUCCGGGGACAAGCAGCAGCCAAGCAAGUGAAGACACUGGCUCGUUCAAGCUCCCGGACUCAAAAGUUACUCCGAUUCCACCGCCUCGCAACAAGAAGCUAGCUACUAGUUCAGAAAUGGAAAGAAACUCGACACCUCCACUGAGGGCUGCAGUGAAACCUUCUUUUGAUUGCACAGCAGGAGAGGCAGUAACUGCUGGAAGCAAGGGCGAGGCUCAGACGUUGCUCAACGUGGCUUGUAGCAGUGACAGAUCAGCUGCAAGUAUCAGUGCUCAAAUCCAGGAAAUCAAAGACAGGCAGCGACUGAGUGACAUGAGCAUGUCAACCACGUCCACAGAAUCGGAUUCCAGCACUAUGGACAUUGAGCGCAAUUGUCCGUACAAUCAUGAAGGCGACACGAACAGCAGCUUGGAGGAUUCUGAUGGUGAGAGCGAUCAGGAGGUGCCCCCACCUUGCACCCCAAAGAAGAAAAGACAUGGGUCCUUUGUCUUCCCAAAAAUUGUAAAGACGCACAUUCAAAAAGUGAGUGGCGUGUUUAGCUCCUUUAUGACUCCGGAGAAGAGGAUGGUGAAGAAAAUUGCAGAAAUGGCCCAAGACAAGCACACGUACUUCGGGUGCCUGAUCCAGGACUACAUCAGCUUCUUCAAGGAAAACAAAGACUGCCACGUCUCCAGCACAGACAUGCUGCUCACUAUUCGCCAGUUCAUGACCCAGGUUAAAAUCUACUUGACUCAGAGCUCAGAACUGAACCCGCCAAUCGAGUCUCUCAUUCCAGAAGAUGAAAUAGAUAUUGUUUUAGAAAAAGCAAUGCAUAAAUGCAUACUGAAGCCCCUGAAAUCUUACAUUUACACAACUUUGAUACAAUUUCAUGCCGCUGAUGGCUCCUGGAAGCAGCUGAAAGAAAAUCUACUCUCCGUUAAGCAGAAGGUACCUCAGGAGCUCGGAGUAAAUGCUGCCAUCCCUGAUACUGUUACCCUGGAGAAAAUAAAGCAGAAGUUUUCAAAUAUGCGCAAGACGUAUUCUCCUGAGAAGAAGGUAUUCCUCCUACUGAGAGUCUGCAAAGUUAUCUACACUGUUAUGGAGAACAACUCAGGGAGAUUAUAUGGGGCUGAUGACUUCCUUCCCGUACUGACCUAUAUAAUAGCCCAGUGUGACAUGCCUGAGUUGGAUAUUGAAAUUGAAUACAUGAUGGAGCUCCUGGACCCAUCACUGCUGCAUGGUGAAGGUGGCUACUACCUGACUAGUGCAUACGGCGCCCUCUCACUAAUAAAGAAUUUCCAAGAGGAACAGGCAGCCAGGUUACUGAGCUCGCAGACCAGGAACACUCUGAACCAAUGGCACAAAAGGAGGACCACUAGCAAUAGAAGCAUUCCCACUGUGGAGGACUUUCAGAACUACCUACGUGUGGCCUUCAACAACAUGGCAAGUGGCUGCACAGCCAAGACGUUACUGGUACAGCCAUUUACUACGACAGAGGAGCUGUGUGCUCUUUGUGCAGCCAAAUUCCAGGUCGAGGACACUCAGAACUAUGGGCUUUUCCUCCUCAUAAAUGACACUUGGCAGCAGUUGGCUCUCGACACCUUCCCGCAGAAGAUCAAAGCAGAGCUGCACAGUAGGCCUCAACCCCAGCUUUUCCAUUUUGUCUACAAGCGCCUUCACAGUGACCUUCCCAACAAUAUCAAUGUCGCUUCUGAGGAAUAUAACAGAACUUCGUGAACAAGGACUUUUGUUGUCGCCAGGCACCUUGAAGGCCAUUUGGUUUUAUUUGUGCUAACUUUUGUAGCAUGCCAGGGGUGCAUGCUCUUAUAACCCAGUAGACCUUAACAUGUGAAGCCUUGCCAAUGUUCUUGGAACCAUGUGCAAUGCUUUGCAAGAGAUGCAGCUGGUUAUUGGGUUACUGCAUCAGGUAUUCACUCUGUGUGUGGCAAAGACCAGUCAGAUGCAAUGCAUCAGUAAAACUGUCACUGUAGUUGGAUGAUUUGCAUCCUGCUCUUAGACUUAAAAAGUGGGAAUAAAAUCAGUUUGGGCGCAGGCUGCAUAAAUGGUUUUAUGUCUAUAGGAAGACUGUUUCUGUGGAUCCCAGAGACAUUAAUUUGAUAGCAGUUGCUGGUUAACUGAGAGGUCUCUUAUUAUUAUAUUUUUAAGCCAGAAUUUAUUAUUCUUAUAAACAUCUGGGCAUAUAAUGGUAACAAUUAAUUUGGGGAUUUUUUUAUUAUUCACUAUAUAUAUUGUUUUUUUAAUCUUGACAAUAAUGUUUGCGCUGAUGAAUGAAAUUGUUCUUUACAUCAUUCACCUUACAGCUGGUGUACAAUAAUGUAGUAGUGCGUCAGAACUUUCUGUCUUGCAACAUCAUCUGGGUUUCAAUUGGGCUCCAGCAUCAAAAUGGAUUAUGACAUCAUGCUGUAAAAUAUUCGGUGGCCUUUGUGCAGGGAAGGGACUGUUGUUCCAGGCACACUGAUCAGUGUCCAGUUCCACAUUGGUGCAGAAUUGAUUUACAAGAACAGUAUCUGGGAUGCGGGACUGUAGUUAUGUGGAGAGACAAUAGAAGCUUGGGUUGUUUUCCUUGGAAUAGAGAUGUUUAAGGGGAGAUGUGAUGGAGGUGUUCGGAAUGAAGAAGAGUAUUAAUAGAGUGAAUAAGGAGAAUGUUUUCCAGUGGAUAGAAUCAGUAAUCAGCAGGCAUUGAUCUUAAAAAUUGGCAAAAGAAUUAGAGGUGACAUUAUUUGCUGCAUGUUGCAGUGAAUUGCACUGCGAUUAAAGCAUGGUUUAAAUAGAUUAUAAUACCUUUCAAGGGAUUUGGAUACAGAGUUGAAAGGGGAUCAAUUUGUAUGGGUGUGGGAUGAGAAUGGCAUUGACUGACUCACUCUUUCAAAGAGCUGGCAGAUGACUAAAGGGCCAUAUCAUCCUAUGAAUCUGUGGAGAGAACACAAGGUAAAGGGAAUAGCAGGAGGCUGGGUGCUGAAGCACACUGAUAGGCUAGAACUACACCCUGUAUCCAAGCCAAGUGUUUAUGACACUAGAUGCCCAAAAUGAAGCAUGUUGCUUUUCCUAUAAUUAUUAAUCACUCAUCUUGAUGAGAACAGAAUAUGUGUUAUUGGUACAGCCCCUUGGAGCUUUAGUAUUAUAAAGUUGGGCAUUGGAAAGUGUGUAUGAGAGAGAGAGGGGGGAAAAAUGAUCAGCAUAAGAGAAGAACAAAGUGAUUUGGUUUCUCAGAGGGUCAUGGUGGGCCUGGCAGUAAAGAAGAUGGACCUGGCCACAUAAUAGGUUUAGCUCCCAACUUUACCUGUCACUUGAAUCCACCUGCUGUAGUCCUUUCCUGCUGGGCUGCCAGAUGAUAUUCAGGGUAGAAAGGAAAACCUGAUACUGUAUCUAAAGUCAGUUGUUUACAUUACUGUAUCUUUACUGCAACCAAUUACCACUUCAACAUUCCAUGCUGGCAUUCUCAAGUGUGCUGUCCUAUACAGUAACAUUUCAAUGGCUACCAUAUUUUCUAAUAUCUUUACAACCUGCAUUGAGGGCCCCACUACUGAUGACGUUUUGUGUUGUGCUGUGAAAUUAGGUGAAUUUUAAAGUACUCUGCCUUGGAGCGGUGCUCUUUCUUGUCAGCAGCUCGAGUUAGAAUCUAGCCCAGAGCAAAAUGUUCAAACACUCCUUUGUGCACUUAAACUGGACAGUUUUAAGGCAGUGGCUACUAAAGUUGAUGGACUUGAGUUCGAGGAGCAUAAGGAUGGGUGGUGGGAAAUAGAAAGCUUCACGUUGAUGCUACAAGGCCAUUUGGAAGGCCUGCUUGGAACAUCAGAAAAGCUUUCCUGAUUUCCCUCUUCCCGGUCAGUAAACAGGAGUACCCAAGGUACUCUAAACCCAUCCAAUCCAUGAAGGGUCACAUUUCCUGCUGUGUCCCACAGCAUGUGGUUGACCUCAUGCUGGUGAUACAGACAGGAAAAUCAGGAGCAGAGCCUGGACUCUUGAACCUCACAGUUGAGGACAUUCUGGAUGCCAGCGGAGAAGAAAGAGAUGUAUACAUAAAACAAUGGCCUACCUAUGGAUCCUGUGAUUCAUUUUCUGAUUUGCCUCUGCACGUAGGCACCCCAUAUGCAUAAUUUCUGGUAAGAGGUGUGCCCUCUGCUACCUCAUUAGUGUGGUCAGUCUGGUGUGCAUUUUCUGUGCCCUCUGGCCAGGCUUGCUCCUGCAGGGAACCUUGGAGCAACAAUAAAGGAUCAUAGACACAGGAGACCAGAUGCUGGGAUCUAGAGCAAAAAAAACAAGCUGCUGGAUGAAGUCAGUGGGGCAGGCAGCAUCUGUGGACCUGCACCGAUGCAGUGUCUCAAUUCGAAACGUCGGCUAUCCCUUUGCCUCCGCAGAUGCUCACCUGACCCGCUAAGUUCCUCCAGUAGUUUGUUUUUUUUUGAAAAGGAUCAUCAACCUGGGCCUCCAACCUUUUUUUCCUUCUUGGCUCGUAGAAUGGACAGUCCCCAGAAAACGGGGAUUUAUGCAGUACCAAAGCUGAAUGUGCUCAGUGGUAACACUAAAAGUGGGACAAAAUGUUCCACUUCCUUGCACCAAAACCUUCCUGAUGACCAUAAAAAAUAUAAGUCUCCAGUCUGUUGCCCCUCCAAACUUUCCCAAUUGAUUGUGGAAUAAAAUUAUUGAUUGUGCGUAGAAAUCCAAAGGAAAGGCUUGAUGCUGAAGGACAUGGAGGCAAAUUAAGGCUCGGAAAAAAUCAAAUAUUUUAAGAAAAAUAACUCACGGAUCUGCUCCAUAAACAGUUUACAUUUGCACAGAGUGACCCAGCUCUAUGUAACAAAAGGACAGCAUCAACACAGCCAGGAUCUGAUAUUUCUGGUCUUCUACAAAGAUGAUUUGUCGUGCAGGCAAAGAUAUUUCUAAAUUGGAAGAGCUUUCAUUCCACAUGAUUCUCUACUUGCAAUAUUGAAUAACAAAAUUAUCAGCAAUGGGGCCUGAGAGGCAUUUUGUUUAAUUUGCACAUCACAAUCCCACUCUUGAGCUGCUUGCUGCAGUUCCUCUGGCCAUUUGCCAAUUAUUGCACAAGUACCCUGCAAUCUUACAAGCUUAACAUUAACUGCCGUACAAAAAUAUAACAUCAUUUUUAGCUGCAAAAAAAGUUUCAAAAGAUUACACUUCUGAUUCUGCUGACGAGAUUUGUGAUUCUCUGUUCAGCUAUGUAGGCCAGUAAGAUUUAUAUGGAGGAAACUAUUCUGUGCAUGAGCCUCCUUGACAUUUUCAGCAGUUGCAAUAGUGAUAAAUCACAAGGGAACCACAGGCAUUGGGAGUUGCUGCUCUGCUGUGGGUUAUAUUCAUUAUCUGAUUUCCGGAAUACUUUGUGAUUUGACUCCCGUGAAUUGGCAUUAUAUCCUUCCGGACAAGCCUAUAGUCCAAGAUUUUUUAGAUUUCCAUUAGUUUCAUUUAAGUUUUAUCAUCUUGCAUUUCCAAGAUAUGAACUAUAUCCUGGUUUUAUGACCUUUUACUUGUCUGGUGCAUUUCUAGAAAAGUUAGGCAUUUUAUGCAAUGGCAGCUCAUUCACUGGUUAACGCAAAUCUUUGUUUCAGUGAUGCAAUUGAGUCUUGUUCUGUGCAUCAGCUGGUUUAGGAAGCAAAAUUGACAAUUGCCAGUUCAGUACAGGUUAUACCAUUGUGUACUACGGGAACAAAUUGUUAACCUAAAAUUGGCUUGCAUUGAGAUUACAUUUAGGUAGGUGGUCUCUUUUUUAAUGAAUCAGCAUUUGUGAUUUGUAUUUGUAGUUUAGAACAGCACUAAGAAUUUGUAUACCAUCGUGGCAAUAAUAUUUGUCUACAUCAAUCCAAAACCCUUUUAUACUGUAGUCACAUACUGUGCAUACUCCGUACAACCGAAACAUUGGAUUUUGC